AUGCUUAGAGCCCGAGCCACCCGUGAACUCACCGAGGAAGCCGUUGAGCAAGGCGUUGCCCGACUUACCCAGCUCAAUGAAGUCCGCCAAGCCAAGCGCGUACGAUGUGCUCCAGCUGCUCGUGCUGCUGCGAUCGCUGACAGCGACGCUGUCGACUCGCUAUCUCCUGUAUUCGACCGUUUCCUGCUGAAUGGCGACGAGACCGUCAUGCAGACGACCAACUUCUCGGGGGAAGAGUUUAACAGGCUCUGGCGCGUGAUCGAAGAGUACGUGGUGCUGCCGUGGAACGUAGGCCGCGGCAAGAAGUGCAAGUUCGGCGGCAAGGACGUGCUGUUCAUGGUGCUCGCCUCGCUCAAGCACUGUGGCAAGUGGGACAUUGUCGCUAGCGUGUUUGACAUCAACCCACCCAUCUUCCAGAACAUGGUACUGAAGUACACCGAUAUGGUCUCUCCUUUCUUGUACGAGCGCAUGGUGGAAGAUGUCAACGCGAAGUGGACGAUGCGUGAGCUUGUGAUCGCCGGCAAGACCUUUUCCAACUACCCCUGUGCGAACAUCCCGUACGGCCUGUGCGAGGGACGUAGUAUUUACUACAGCGGCAAGCACAAGCUCCACGGGUACAAGGUGGAGGUCUCGGUCUUGCCCACAGGCAAGGCGAUCAACCGCACGCAACACUACCCGGGCCACCUUAUGCUUGGCUAUGCGUAG